UUCCUCGACCGGAUUCGUCGUGUUGGAUUUAUAUGUCUACUUUUUUGUUUUUGGAAGCAAAAACAUCGAAUGAUCGGAGCCGCACAGAGCGCCGAUCCCCACGCGCAGCAUGAUGUCGCCGCGCGGCGCUGCCGGAGGAGAUUCCGAGGCUUCGUCUUUAUCCUGGUUUCCCUUCGGCGGCACUCCAGAAGCACGAGCCGCGUGGCGACGCCCGUGGCCUUCCUUUCCGCGCGACGUGGCCUCUCCCGCCCUGCCCCUCCCGUCGUCAUCUCCUCCUCCUCUGGUCCAACCACUAUGGAAGACGUAGGCUGACGCUCCUCCUCUCUCUCUCUCUCUCUCUCUCUCUCUCUCACUCUCAGGCCGUGAAUCUCUCAUCCUCCUGCAAUGGCGACGCCGACAUGUUUGAUCCAGGCGCCCUGUUCCUUGGUCCAGAUCCUGUUCCUGCUGGGAUUGAGGAUGGUCGCUCUUGCCAUGUUGCUAUGGUGGCAGGUUCUGAUGAUCGGAGUCACUUUCCUGACGCUUCCUAUACGAAUGCUGGCGGCUUUGUAUAACGAAAUAAAGCUACAUGGGUUUCUCAUUGAGAUGCAGAGGGAGAUGCAACAUCUUUUAGAGGAAAAUAAAAAUCUCGAAGAAUGUCUAAAGAUCGCUAGUGAAGAUCAAAGGGUCAUGAAUUCAACAGUCAAGGAGAUAGAAGAGGAACACUGGAAAGAUCUUAGAAGAAUUAACCUACUCGAGAAUGAGAUGCAGAAACUUUACGAACAAAAGUCACGACUAAAGGAAGUUAAGGGAAAAAAUCUACGCGAUGACAGAGCUAGUUAUGGCAAAGAUGUAAGACGAGUCACUACCCUAUCUGAUCCGGAUCAUGGUAAAGAUGAACAGGUAGUUGGCGAAAAAGGCGAGGCUUUGAGGCAACGAAGAACUGUCGCCCUUCUGCAAAGUUUGUUUAGCACAAUCUUGUCUCUUUUGGUCUCUGUGAUCAUAUGGGUCGCUGAAGAUGCAUGCGUUCCUCUUGUCAUAGCCCUGUUUACCGUUGUCGUCAUAUCCCUUGCCAGUGUGCGCGAGUUUCUCUCGACCAUAAGGAACAAACCAGCUUCCGAUGCUGUUGCUUUGCUCAGCAUCAACUGCUUCAUGCUUGGAGCACUCUCCGCCCCUAUACUGCCAAUAGUCGCACGCAUGGUUACUCCAUCUCUGAUCAGGUUCGCCGAUCGACUGUUUUGAUGAAUAUGUCUCCCGGGUAGGUAAUUUGUUUCCAAACUUUUAGAUCUCUGCGUCGUGUAGGAAUUUGUUUCUUGUCGACAGCCAGUCGAUGUAAUCUGGAACAUGUCAAGUUGUGGCAAAUAGCAAUGCAAGUUUCAUUAUCUGAA